AGGAAUCACCAGUAUCUAAGUUCUUGCCUAGAAGGGAAUCAUCCGGAGGUUCAGCGCGGGAAGCUGAAUCAGAUGAGGACAGCAUAGCCGACUUACCAUUGAAUCUUGUCUCAACGCAAAUGACUGAAGGAGAGUUGCUCUAACAAUAAACUACAUUAACAAGAAACUCUUCCCUCCCAGAUAAUGUAUUCUGAAAAAUACCCAGUGAUAGCAUCUAUACUUAAUAGUAUCAGAUUUGUACUACAGUGUUAAAUUUUUUUACAAAAUAUGCUCUCUUGCUUGGGAUUUUUAACUUGUACUUAUACGAAAAUACUCAUUUUGUAGCGAAUCUUUCAUAAGUUUUUACUGUUUUUGUGUUUUCUAAGGAGUCCAAUUGUGAUAUUUUUCAUAAGCUUUUUACUUCCGUUUUUACAAAAGUUGAAUAUAGAACAUAACCAAACUUUUGCUUAUGCCAGUAGUACCAUUUACCUUAGUAUUCACUAUAUUUUUUGUAUAGAUUGAGAAUGGACAAAACUUUUAUAUCGAUUUGAUAGUAUUUAAAUAACCAAUAAUAACAAAGAAGAUGAUUCUGAAGGAUGAGUGACAAGAUAAAAAAUAUUAAAAUAAAAAGAAUUCUACAGCCAACUUAUGAAAGUAUUGAUAUGUUGUUGCCUUCAUACUUUAUAUCAUGAAACUGUUAUCCAUUACUAAUAUUUGAUGACAUGGAUAUUGAGCUAGAUGGGCUUUAAAUUUAUUUAUUGAACAAACUUUUAUUUGUGGUAAAUAUUUGUUUUGCCCAGAUCGGAACAUUUUGAAAAUAUUUUUGUUUGUAUUCGAAUAAAAUAAUGGGUAGAACACGAUUCUGAAAUCAAAACGCGCAGUCUCCCUUGGUUCGGAAAUUAUGUCCCAUCAAAGGGUAAAAGAUCCACUGUCUAUUGUUCACAAAAAAAUUAUAUACACAUGAUUUUAUUUACCACGUCUAGUAUAUACAUUAAUCUACCUUGCUUUAUACUUUUUUAGUCACAAAUUUACCCUUUCCUUGAAAAAAUAUAUUGUUAGAACUGUUUCCUGGUGAAUUUUCGAUCUGAAUUUUAUCAGUGGAAUCAGAAAACAGCUCUAAUAAAAAUAUAUUUUUCUGUGAAUAAAAUCAUGUGUAUUUCAAUGGUUUCCUUGUGCCAAAAAAAGGUGGAUUUUUUAAUAAAUUGAUGGAUUUAGCCGUUACUACGUGGUAGGAGAUCAUAAU